GUGUGUUGAGAAGCGCAUUAUUUGGCAACAGAGGCGGUAGCGGGGAGGGCAGAAAAGAUACAGGGUAUACCCUGAAUUUCAAAAAAUACAUCGAAUAAUUGCAGCAGAUUGUCACCCUAAAUACCUUGGACGAAGCGCAGUCGACGGAUCGCUGUCGAAUCGACCGAGGGGAUGUCUGAGGAGGCUGUUCGCCAGACGCGCAGUCAGAAGAGGGCGCUAGGGAGAGAAGUCCCUCCCACUGAGUCUGACUGCAAGAAGCCCAAACUAGACCGGGCAGAGACUGGAGCUCCAGACCAGGAUGAUGAGAGCUCAACUAAACCGGAACCACAACGCGAAACCACAAAAGAUGACCUAGACCAGUUUAAACAUGUGGUCAAGCCUGAGAAGGCACCAGAACUACCCAAGUUAAAAUUAUCGCUAGUGUUACCAGCAAAGGAGCCAGAGCGGGACUGGGCCCCGAAAUGGUCAGAUCCGAGCUUAGACAACCGGACUGAGAGGAAUGACCACAGCGACCAGGUCAGGGUGAAAAGUGAGGUGCCUCUAGAUGGGCGGAACAGGACCGUGAAGUCGGAACCGACGGUGGCUAGUGGUAUGAUGACGGCAACGGAGGUGAAGGCUACCAUUAAAGUUGAGGUCCAGACAAGAGAGCAGGCGCUGGACAUGAGCACCUCGAGAGGCACCUUAAUGAGGGAGAAGCGUCUCCUGUCCCCAGACGAUGAUGUCAUUGUCCUGUCGGAUAAUGACUCCUGCAGUCCGCCGAUGAACGGCUUGAACCACCUCAAGGAGCUGGACACAGACCUACUUAUGAAGACCAGUCCAGAGGACAGGGAUCGCAUCAUAAAGCAGUUGAAAGGGGAGCUGAGGCAGGAGGAGGCCAAGCUGGUGCUGCUGAAGAAACUACGACAGAGCCAGACACAGAAGGACACACUGCAGAAGGUAUGGACGCAUGUAGCCAAGCCCUCAGUAUUGUCAGGUUCUGCAGCUCCUCCAUCUCUGAUCCGGGGAUCCAUUACAGCCAGCAAAGGCUCCCAGCAGGUGGGGUCAAGUAGGAGUUCAGGCACAGUCAUUCCACCACCUCUGGUGAGGGGCGGGCAGCAGAUCUCCUCCAAACAUGGCCCCCACAACUCCCAGAUCAUCAUGCCACCCCUGGUUAGAGGGGCACAGCCAAUCGCUGUGUCUCCUCAGCAGAUCCAGUCUCUCCGGCAGCAGCAACAGCAGCAACUGUCAGGAUCUGGCUCUGGAGGCUCUGGCCCCCCUCCCCUGUUGCUGGCCUCCAGGGCCAACGUACCCGGCACCCAGGCCCAGAGAGGCCUCAUGCAGUCUGGCCUCAUCAGGGUGGGAAACAUCAACAAUGCCAGCCUGCUGGUCAACAUCUCACAGGCCUCCCCAACUAACAUGAAGGUUCCUUCUAUGACCUCCCAGUCUGGAAACAGCAGUGUGUCUGUGGUCAACGUGAAUGGCUCUCCUGCCGCCUGUCAGACCGCAGCUAAGCUCGCCCUGCGUAAGCAGCUGGAGAAGACCCUUCUGGAGAUUCCUCCUCCCAAACUUCCCACCCCAGAGCUAAACUUCCUGCCCUCGGCAGCCAACAACGAGUUCAUCUACCUGGUGGGCCUGGAGGAUGUGGUGCAGAACCUGCUGGACUCCAUGAUGAGAGCUAAAACAGGGAAGCCCCCGGUCAAGCCCGCCAUCAAAGAGCCCUUCACCUGCACCCAGUGCAGCACCGAUUUUACCUGCCGUUGGAGGCAAGACAAGGCCAAGGGCGGGACCAUCCUCUGUGCAGAUUGCAUGUCCUCCAAUCAGAAGAAGGCCCUGAAGGCCGAGCACACCAAUAGGCUGAAGGCUGCGUUUGUCAAGGCCCUGCAGCAGGAGCAGGAGAUAGAGCAGCAGAUCCUCCGGCAGGCUGCCUCCCCUGUCUCUCACACCCCCUCCUCCUCUUUCUCCUCCUCAUCCACCUCUCCGUCGGUGAAGGUGGAGCAUCUAGUGUCCCAGCAGCUGAAACAGGCUCAGGCCCAGGCUAGGGCCUCCUCUCUGCAUCACCAGCACCAUCACCAACAGCACAACAGAGGACAGAGCAUUGCACGCCACCACUCCACCAACAUCAAACAGGGCCAGCUCUCCCGUGGCGGUGUCCCGUCUGUGGGGGUGGGGUUGAGGGGCGUGUCCCACUCUUUCUCCUCCUCCUCUCAGCUGCAGAGUGCAGUGGCCGCUGCAGGCUUGGUCAGCCGGCCAGGUAAGCAUGCCCAUGUGCGCUCGUCUGCCCAGGGUUCAAAGGGCAGCUCCAGUGGGAACAGCAGCAGUGGUAGUGCCCAAGCCACUGCAUGGAGGAAGCAGAACAACAUCAACACAGGUGUGACCAUGGCCUACGUGAACCCCAGCCUGCCAGUCCAUAAGACCUCAUCCACAGUGGACGCCCGUCAGAGAGAGUACCUCCUGGACAUGAUCCCCUCACGCUCCAUCUCCCAGGCAGCUAACACGUGGAAAUAAUAAUCUCAUACUCAUUGUCAUUAUCAAUAGCCUUUUACCAAUAGCUACUGUUGUCGAUGCAAACAAUGCAAUUUACAGUUAAGGAAACGCAGUCUUCAAACUUUUGAGGAGAAGCAUUCUCCUUUUUUUUUCUUUUUUUUUGCCGAGUGUUUUUGUUUCUCUUGUGUUAUUUUUCAUGUCUAUUGUUUCUUAUGAAGUUGACCGAUGUUUGGUCAGUGUGCACAAACAGCGAUUUACUCCGAAGGAAAAAAAUGAAUGUGCCCAAGGGCUUCCUUCCAUAUGUUCGUCAGCCAUGAUGUCUGCGAGUUCAUGAUGGUUUGAGAAUGUUGCUUCUCUCUCAAGAACUCAUGAGAUGGCGUGCUGCCAACUGUGCGUUGAUAUCCGACCAUGAAAACGAUGUAUGGAGCUUUACCUAUUGGACGGGACGAUGAGCCGAUUGCCCAUCUGUCAUCACAGACUCAGCAAUGGGAUGCAGACAAAUCGUCAAGGUGUGUUUUUAAGAUUAAAUGACUGACUAGCUUGAACUGUUUGCCUUAUAUUCAAGAGUACCCUAAUAAAAGAUAAAAGACAAAAAAUAUGAUCAAUAAACAUCCUCUUUAAAUGAGAAGUUAGCUUUUUACAACCCAAUCUGAAUUUUUUUAUGUAAAUUGCAUGUUAUAGAAGAGUCCACACACUUUUUGUGAUUUCCUUUAAAAAAAAAAGUACUUACCUGAAUCAACAAUUCACUUCCUCGUGUUCAUUGUCCAGUACGGGGGGCUCUGGAAAAACAUGAACAAUCGCUCCAAAAACACCUAAAUACAGAAACGCUCUCAGUACAGUGAUGCAGGUCUUUAGAUAUUGUACACAUGCAAUUGUGUCAUUCCAAACUUUAUCCGCAAUGUUAUAUUCCGUUUUGUACAACAUCUAAAGACCUGCAUCACAAUAGAGCAGUUCAGUUUCUAAAUGGGUGUUUUUGGAGCAUUUGUUCAUGUCUUUUCAGAGCCCCCCCCCCCCCCCCCCCCCCCCCCCCACUGUAUGGCACAACGAGAAUGAGGAAGUGAAUGACUGUUUGGGGUAAGUUUCUCAAAAACAAGUGAAACUGGGAAAAAAAAGUGUCUAGACCUUUCUAUAACAUGCUAUUUGCUUAUCGAAAAGGAAAAUUCUCCUUUUAAAGAAAAACUGAGCAGUGAUGUUUUCAGUGCAUAAACUCAGUAACAGUUGAUUUAGAUUUGUUGGGUAUUUACAGUAAGUUAUUGGUUAUUGUUUGGGACUGAUGUAUAAAUGAACAAUUCCUGUCGUGGUGUUAUGGUUUUAAAAACUGAACAAUUAAUACUAGCCUCAUACACAUUUGUUGUCUUUUUUUAAGUGAAGAUUUUUUCCCCCACCAUGUAUGUUGUUCAGCUAUUUACAGAGUUUGACAGAGCUUCUCUCCAUUCAUAUGUUUCACAUAAGCAGAACAAGUAGAGAGGAUCUCUUUAUUAUAUUUUUGUCUGUAGCCUCUGCUUUGGUUUCACAUUAUUUAAUUUCCGAGUUGUCCCUUCAUAUGUGUAAUAACAUGUCUGUAAAGAGAACUCGUGGCAUAAUAAAGACUGUCUGAAUUACAUGCAAACAAAGUUACAGUGGAAGACGAUACUCUAGACUCACAGGAGUCAUAUCCCAGAUCAUUUUACAAAAAGUUCUCAUCUGGUGAUAAGAAAAAAAGUUAACAUUGCAGGUAUUUUCACCUGCUCAGGUACAUUUCAAGUUUAGGUUUUUGGUUGCCAUGUCAUGAAGCUUGGUUAGGUACAGCAACCUUUUGGCGAAGUUUGAGGAUGUACAAAAGACAGAGGAGAGAAUAAACAUGUCUUAUAUUGAAAUCACUCAUUGAUUUUGUAUGCUUGGCAUCAGGACCAAUAUCCCAGACAGGCCUGUGGUGAAGUAAUUGGGUUUACUACAGUGCUCCUGUAGGCUCCUUUUACUUCCUCAAGUGCAGUCUCAUACUCGCUUUUCCGUUUUGUUCUCUUCUACUGUAAUUCUCUUCUGUAAAAGUUCCAUAGGCCUGCUAUGUGGUUUAUAAAUGAAUUAACAUCUGUGUUUGGGUUUCUGUCUACUGCUGUCAAAAUUGUUUAGGAAAUCAUUUUCAGUGCUAGUUCAGAUGCCAUCGCUAAGAAAUAUGAAAAACAUGACACCUAGCGCAAGAACUGAAGUUGGGCCACAGAACCACUACACAACACUGACCGCCAGCAACCACCCUGUUUCAACAGGGUAGCUUGGGCUCUUCGCUGGCAAGCGUAAGCCUCCCAUCCCUUCAUGGAAACGGAUUGUCCAAUUUGUUUGGUUUAAUGUUUCCCAGCUCCAAGAAGUACCAAUAAAAAGACGAAGUAAUUUGAACCCUUU